GAUUGGACGCUGGGUCCCACAGACAGGUUUGUUCGGAUCGGUAUCGGUCCUGAUAAGGCUGCAUGCAGCCUUCUUCCCUUCGGUUUGCUCGUCCCCCCAUUCUGCGAUUUCUCCACAAUUUUUCUCUGUUUUUUCUGUCUUUUUUCUUCCUCUCCACUGCAAGCUUCUCCUCCAAUCUCUGGCCAACCACCACCAAGAUCUGCUGUGUUUAUCGGUUGAUCUGGGCUUGAUCUAGGCAUUUGCUAGUUUUUUGGUUUCUAAUCUACCUAUAACACCCCCCAAACCCCUCCAACCACCGACUCUCUCUCCCUUGAAAACCCGGUGAGAUCUUGAUGAAAAUUCUCUUCUUUUCUUGUUAAAUCACAAGAUUUGGGGCUUAGAAUCUUCCCUCUCAACCCAGAAAAUCCCGGUUCUGCUCUGCUCUUCUCCCCUGUCCGCCGGCUGCUAUGUGGGUUUGAAUUUCUGGGCAUUUUUCGGGUAAGCCACAGCCAUGAAAUUCAUCUUUCUCCCUUAGUUAGCUUGGGUUACUCUAAUUUUGUUAUUGGUUCUUGAAUUUUUGGAGUUUGCCGUGAGUUUCCUCCCCCUGGAUCCCGUCGGCUUCCUCACCAGCCAAGCUCGGGUUCUGCUGGCUGGAAUUCUGGUAAGUUGCUGGCUUUUCCAAGCUUAAAAUUACCCAUUUAAUUGCUGGGUUUUGUCCAUUAGUUGAUGCUCUGUGUUGUCCGAAUCUGCUGGGAUAGGGGAGAAAAUCCCGUGUGUGUGAGUUGUGAUUUGCCAAGUUAUGCUCUCCCUGUGAUGCCUACUGUUCACGGCGUGAGCACUGUUCAUGGGUACUGUUCACACCCCGAGGAAAUAGCACUCCUGAUCCCCGCUAGUGGGUGUGUAGCAUCCUUGAUCCCCGCUAGUGGGUGUAACGCUAGCACUCCUGAUCCCCGCUAGUGGGUGUGUAGCAUCCUUGAUCCCCGCUAGUGGGUGUAACGCUAGCACUCCUGAUCCCUGCUAGUGGGUGUAACGCUAGCACAUGUCGACAUGUUUACUGAUAUGACCGGUUUAUUCUGACGCCUGCCACUGGGCGAAUACAUUGGCAAAUUUCUGUCGCCUGCCAGUGGGUUGUUAUAACACUGGCCAUGACUUAUAGAUGAGACUACUGAACUGAGUUUUCUUCUGC